AUGUCUUCCAGGCAAGGAUAUGAAGGGGAUAUACGUCAAAGGAAGAUGGUUCCAAGAAUCGCACGUGAUGACUCUCUUGAUAGUAAUGAUCUUGGAACACGGAGAGAAAUAAAAGCUACAACAACUUAUAACCAUUGGGAAGAUAGUCCUACAAGAACUGAUUCAAUGCCAGAGGAAAUACCACUGACAGAUUUCAGUGAUGGGACCUUAGGUCAGCUGAAAUCCCUCUCUGGAGAUGGAGCAAAUAGUUUAUUAUCUGAACAUAAUGUUGAUUUGACUACAGAUGUGACUGCUCCUUUGUUAUCGUCACAAGAUGAUGAUAUUGAUGGAGAUCUUAUUGUCAACAAGGAUGAAGCUUCUUCUGAGGUUCAAACUGUAUCUGAAGAAGAUGAAAGUGCUCUGAGCAUUGGUCUGCAGGUGUUUAUACCUUAUAUUAUUGCAGGAUUUGGGACUGUAGGUGCUGGAAUGGUUUUGGAUAUUGUGCAGCAUUGGGAGGUCUUCCAACAAGUGUCAGAAGUGUUCAUCUUGGUUCCUGCUUUAUUGGGUCUUAAAGGAAAUUUGGAAAUGACUCUUGCAUCUCGACUCUCAACGCAGUCAAAUUUAGGCAAUAUGGACACUCGUAAAGAACAACUAAAGAUGAUUGGUGGAAAUCUGGCUCUCACACAGGCUCAAGCAAUUGUAGUUGGAUUUUUAGCUUCUUUGGCUGCUAUGGUGAUGGGUUGGAUUCCUGAGGGUAAAUUCAAUCUCUACCAUGCUCUACUUUUAUGUGCAAGCAGCAUGCUCACUGCAUCUGUGGCAAGUUUUAUUUUAGGUUCUGUGAUGGUACUUGUGAUACUCUUGUCUCGAAAGUGUAAUAUCAAUCCAGAUAAUGUAGCAACACCAAUAGCAGCCAGUUUGGGUGACCUGACAACACUCUCUCUAUUAGCUGGUAUCAGUCAUCUUCUUUUUCAUUCUAUUGAAAAACAAUUGUGGUUGAGUCCGUCUAUAAUAGUUUCUUUUUUAUUAAUAACACCACUUUGGAUAUGGGUCUCUUUGAAGAAUAAGUAUACCUCUGAAGUAAUAUAUUCAGGCUGGACACCAGUAAUUUCUGCUAUGGUCAUCAGUAGUGUUGGUGGACUUAUAUUGGAUUUUACUGUUGCCAAUUAUCAUGGUAUUGCAGUGUUUCAGCCUGUAAUCAAUGGUGUUGGUGGAAACUUAGUAGCUGUGCAGGCUAGCCGCUUGUCGACUGGAUUACACAAAGUUAGUAUACCAGGACGUCUACCAGCAAAUGUAGUUAAUGGAUGUCCAAAUCCUUUCAAAACUUUUUGUGGUUCAGCUAUCAGCUCGAAAUCUUCUCGGGUGCUGUUAUUUUUGGUAAUCCCCGGCCACCUCAUUUUCAUGUAUACGAUUUCUUUUAUGAUGGCUGGACACACUACUGUCACUUUUAUUUUUGCCACUAUUUACCUGAUAGCUGCUCUUCUGCAGGUUGCCUUACUAAUAUAUAUAUCCAACUGGAUGGUAAUAAAUAUGUGGCAAAAGGGGGACGAUCCAGACAACUUUGCCAUUCCUUAUUUGACUGCAAUUGGUGAUUUAUUGGGGACUGCCUUUUUGGCAAUUGCCUUCCAUGUUCUAUAUUUAAUUGGCGACCGUGAUGCAGACGUCGGAGAUUGA